AUGUCGACCUUGUUCUCGCAAGAGCUGCUCAUCUCCACAUUCGCCAUCAUUAUUGUUCCCCUCUACAUGUUGUACCUCAGGUCUAGCAGAUCAAAGAACCCAUCAGUGCUCCCCAUAAACUGGCCAAUAGUGGGGGUGUUCCCUUACCUUAUCGCCAACUUCCACAACCUGCACGACUACCUCGCCGUCGUCCUCGCCGGAUCAGGCCACAACUUCAGGGCGCACGGCCCGCCUGGGACCGGGUUGCGGUUCUUCAUCACAUGCGAACCGGCCAACGUCCGGCACAUCUUCACGACGAACCAUGCAAACUUCCCCAAGGGCGCGGAGUUCGCCGCCAUCUUUGACAUCGCGGGUGGCAGCUUCUUCACCACCGAAGGCGAGCCCUGGCGUCGGCAGCGCGCAAGAGCCCAGAGAGUCUUGAGCAACCCACGGUUGCUUGCCUGUAUGACCGCUUGCUGCCGCGACAAGGUGGAGAACGGCCUCCCCCCGGUGCUCAUGCACAUGGCGAGCACCGGGACCACGUUCGACCUGCAAGAUUUGACAACAAGGCUCGUGUUCGACAUGACCGCCACGCCUCUCUUUGGCGUGGACCCGGGCCUCCUGUCCUCGGACAUGCCACCCAUGGACGCCGCGGUCGCCAUGGACACGGUCAUGGAGGUGGCCUUGUUCCGGCACAUCGUGCCGACCUCUGGUUGGAAGGUGAUGAGGCGGCUAAACAUCGGCCCGGAAAGGAAGCUCGCCGCAGCACACACGGUUCUACGAGGGUUCAUUGAGGAGAUGAUGGAGAGGAGGAAGAGGAAGGAACAUGCUGGUAAUGAGGGAGCUCCUUCCGUGGACAUCCUGUCUUCCUACAUCGACGAUCCAGACUACCAGCAGAACGAUGGCUUGCUCCAUGCGACGCUCAUCAACUACAUGAUCGCCGGGAGGGACACGAUCGGCACAGCUUUGACAUGGGUCUUCUACAACCUCGCCCAGAACCCUCAUGUCGUGUCGUUCAUCCGCCACGAACUAUCACCCAUCGCAUCACGGAAAGCAGCCACAGGCGCCAACAAUAGCAGCACAAUGGUGAUCUUUGAACCGGAGGAGACAAAAUCUCUCGUCUACAUGAGAGCCGCCAUACACGAGUCUCUCAGGUUGCACCCCCCGGUCCCCAUCGAGCGUAAGACGGCGGUCGCCCACGACGUGAUGCCGAGUGGCCAUGUGGUACACGCCGGUGACACCUUAUUAAUUUCUCUCCACUCCAUGGGGAGAAUGGAAGGCGUGUGGGGGAAAGACUGCCGGGAGUAUAACACGGAUAGAUGGCUCUCAGAGGAUGGCAAGAAGCUGCGGUACGUGCCGUCUCACAAAUUUUUGUCAUUCAGCUCGGGCCCGAGGCUGUGCCUUGGCAAGGACGUCUCAUUCAUGCAGAUGAAUACUAUUGUUGCGGCAAUGGUGUGGAACUUUGAUGUGGAAGUGGUUGAAGGGCAGAGAGUCCAGCCGAAGAUGUCUUGUGUGCUGCAGAUGAAAAAUGGACUCAUGGUGAAGUUGAAGAAGCGAGAAAUGUAA